AUGAAAUUAUCUCUAAUAUUAUUAUUGUUUAUUAUUUUUUUAAUCGAUUUAAUUUAUAGCCAAAAUACAACUAAAAUUCCAAAAUUCGAUGGUGUAAUUCAGAAUUUUUAUGUUAACCCAACAAGUAGUUAUUUUAUUGACUGUGGAGACAGUAUUAAUAAUCCCUGCAAUUCAAUUAGUUAUAUAAUUUUAAAUAAAAUUAAACCAAAUAUUACUUCAACAAUAUUUUUGGCAGAAGGCGUUUAUAAAGGAAAUUUUAGUUUUGCUUUAACAAACUAUAUUAUACUAUUCCAAGGAAGUGGAAGAGAUACAACAACCAUUGAUUUGGAGUUCAGGCAAAGAUUAUUUAUUUCCACCAUAAGUGAAAUGCAUUUUAGUGAUAUAUCAAUAAUCAAUGGAUUUGGUAACCCUGUUGCUGGUAUAUUUGAUGGAGGUGCAAUAUAUGCAUAUGAUUCACAAAUUCAUUUUAACAGGGUUAAUUUAAAACAUAAUAGUUGUAUUACUAGUGGAGGCGGUAUAUUUUUAUAUAACUGUUAUUUUUUAGUUCAAAAUAGUUUAUUUAAAAACAAUACAUCAACAACAGGUGGUGCAAUAAUUUUAUUAUUAUCAGAAUCAAGAAUAGAAAGUUCAACAUUUAUAAAUAAUAAAGUAUAUUUCGAAGGUAAAGGUGGAGCAAUAGAAAUAUUUAUUUCAUUCGUAGAAAUAAAUCUCUCAACUUUUGCAUACAAUGUUGCUCCUUAUAGUGGUGCUAUUGAUAUGGUUGGGGGUAAUUUGACUGCACGUCAAACAAAUUUCAUUGAAAAUAGGUCGAAUAUCGGAGGUGCUUUGGGUCUAUAUUUUAUUUCAAAAGUUCAUUUCUUUAGUUGUCAAUUUAUAUCAAACUUUGCAAAUAAUACUGGUGGUUUAGCUUUUUUAACAUCCCAAUCCUUACUUAGGUUUUCAACAUGUAUUAUUAAAAAUAAUUUUGCCCCAAACUGUGCAAUAGUAGAGUCUCACUCAAUUUCUCCGUUAGGUUUUGAUGCCUGUUCUUUUUUUGGAAAUGUCCCAACAUCUGUGCAAAUCGCUCUAUAUGAUAACUAUUGCUUUUUGAAAAUCUAUAACUGUUAUUUCGAAAAUAUUCAAGGCGUUUUACUUUAUGCAGAUUCAAUUUCAAAUAUAGUAAUCAUUGACUCUUUUUUUACAAAUGUUAGUAGUAGGAUCAUUGAUGUUGGUAAUGAAGCUGAUAUUUUAAUCAUUUCGUCAUCAUUUUGCAAUAUUGCUGUGGACGAAGUUUUGAUAUCACUAUCAAAUGGUAAUUUUAUUGGUUAUGAUGUUAUCUUUGAAAAUAACAUUGUACUAGCCCUAAUAAAGUCAUCAUCUGGUGGAAGAGUAACAAUAGAUUUGGGUCAAAUGAAAAACAAUAUAGUUUCUACUGGGUUAAUAUCACUGUUAAAUGGUUAUUCAAUUUUUGUACAAAACUCAAUUGUAAAAAACAAUACAGGUUUAUUUAAAGGAUGUUUUAUUGAUGCUGACCAUAGUGGUACUGAAACAAUUUUGAAAUCUGAAUUUAUUGAUAAUGUGUCUCCUUUUGGUCCAAUUUUAUAUUUUUCAAACCCAGAAUUAGAUAUUUCGACCUCUCAUCCAUCAAAUUUUACAGAUAUACUAUUUAUCAAUAAUACAGCAGCAUUUUCUGGGGCAUUAGUAUAUUUUAGUCAAAAUGUAACCUUACCAAAUAUUACUUGCACCGAUUGCGAAUAUAUUAACAAUACUGCAAGAUUUGGUGAGUUGGUAAACUCUGCAUUUUAUUCAUUUAAUGUAUCAAUUCCAAAAGUUAUUUAUCCAUUUCAAGAUUUAACUAUCGAAAUAUUUGCGUUAGAUUUUUUUGGUAAUUUAGUUAGAGGCACCUCAGAUCUUGGCUUUUUUGCUAUUCCGUGUUCCGAUGCAUAUGUAGAUGGCAAUUUAUUUUCUGUUUUAGGUGAAAAUGGCUCUGCAAUAUUUUUAAAUAUUAAACUAUCAUCAAAACCAAAUACAAAUUGUAACAUUACAUUUUUAUCUGUACCAAUUUUACCUGAAUCUGGGUCAUUAGUAAUUCCUAUUCAAUUUUCAACUUGUAACCAAGAUAGAGAAUUAGUAUUAAUUAAAUCAAUUUACUAUUGUUUAAAAACAAUUAAAGUAACCAAUUUUGUAAAAUAUUUAAUUGGUGUAUUGGCUCUAAUAUUAGCAAUUAUCUUAAUCUUUUUUGGGUUUAUAGCUAUAAAAUAUAGAAAAAAAAGAGUCAUUCGUUAUUCAAAUCCAUUAUUCUUAUUAAUAAUUUUAGUAGGCUGUAUUAUAUUUUUAAUAACCAUUCCACUUUUAUAUUCAACAACACAUGCAACCUGCAAACUUAGGUUUCCUCUUAUUAUUAUUGGUAGUUGUCUAAUUACAACAGCAGUUUUUAUAAAACAAUUUAGAAUUUGGAGAUUAAUUAAAGAUAUCCAGUUAUUAAGAGAAACUAAUGUAGAAAACAAAUAUUUAUUAAAAUUUAUAUCAAUUUUAAUGGUAAUACCGAUUAUAAUGACAAUUUGUAGUUUUUUUUUAUUCCCAACCCAUGAAAGAUAUUCUUUCAAUCAAAGUGAUGUUACUAUAACUCAUUAUUGCUCCAAUGGUGACUAUCUUGUUUAUGUAAUUUUAUUUUUAGUUUAUCAAAUGGUCAUUUUAUUAUUUGGUUGCUAUUUAGUAAUUGUAUGCAGAAAAUUUAGAUCCAUUCCUGGUACAUUUAAUGAGGCUACAUAUAUUGGUAUUUUAAUUUAUAACUAUACAGUAGUUUUAAUAGUUGCAAUACCUUUAGCAUAUGUUUUUCAUAAAAACCCUUUAGCAAAUUUUUUAAUAUUUUCAAUUUCAAUUAUAGUAUUUGUUCUUAGCACCAUAAUAUUAUUAUAUAUACCAAAGUUUCACUUUUUAUUAAGAAAGAAAGCCAUUAUAUCUUCUUUGGAAAAAUUAAUUAAAGAACAAGAAGCAAUUGUUCAAAGAAAUAAAGAUAUUUUAUAUUUCUAUGAUAUGUAUUUGGCUGAAGAAGAUCCAAAUCAUCAAUAUAAUCCAAAUUCAAACUAUCACCCAUCAUCUCUAAGAAGAAGGUCAACUUUCAACAAUCUAAAUAUGACUGGUUUCUCUGAUACGUCUUCUGAUACUUUUUCAACUAUAUCAAGUAAUCUAUCAAAUGAUAUAUUUUCUAGUGAUAACUCCUCCAGUUCAUCACAAUCACCACCUCCAAAAAGAAAUACCAAAACCAAUUCAAAUACAAGUAGUAUUGGUAGUACGAGUGAUCCUGAUUUUGAUAAAAAUACAUAUAAUUAUUAUAGGGAUAAUUUUAAAAAUAAAAAAAAUAAAAAUAAAAAUAAAAACAAUAAUAAUAAUAAUAAUAAUAAUAAUAAUAAUAAUAAUAAUAAUAAUAAUAAUAAUAAUAAUAAUAAUAAUAAUAAUAAUAAUAAUAAUAGUAAUAAUAAUAAUAAUAAUAAUAAAAGCAGUAAUAUAGAUAGUUCAGUUAGUAGUUCUAGUUAUAAUAGUACAGAUAGCUUAAAUAGUCCAAAUAAAUAUACACCAAAUACAUAUAGGCAAAAAGUAAUUGAUAGAAUUUUUAAUAUUAAUAAACCAACAACCCAAGAUAAAACUAUUGAAAGCAAUACUAUAAAUCAAGAACAAACUGAUGAAACCCAAGAAACCGAAUCUAAAUCCAGCAGCUUAGGUCAAAAUAGUGAAUCAAAAAAAAUUAAUGUAAACUCACCUAAAAACAAUUCAAGUAGUUCAAAUAGUAAUAAAACCAAGCAAAAUAUAGGCAAUAAUAGCAGUAAAGAUAAUAGCUCAAGUUAUAGUAGUACAGAUAGCUUAGAUAGUCCAAACAAAUAUACACCAAAUACAUAUAGGCAAAAAGUAAUUGAUAGAAUUUUUAAUAUUAAUUAUCAUAAACAAGACGAAAACAAUAGUGAAGAUAAAAUAGAGAAUAAUAUAGUUAAUGAUGAAUCAAAUGAUGAAUAUUUAGGAUCCUCUAGCUCAGAUAGUUUAAGUCAAGGUAGUGAAUCCUCAACAGAAUAUAAGGAAAGAGUAAUAGACAGAAUAUAUAAUAUUAAAAAUACAUCCCAAAAUAAAAAAUCAAAAAAAUCAAAAAAUAAUAAUAUUAGAAAAAAUAUACCAUUAUCACCAAUGUCCUUGGCAUCAAAUUCUAAUAGCAUAACAUCAUCACCAAUAAUAGAAAGAAAUAAACAAAUUGAUAAUAACAAUAAUAACAAUAAUAACAAUAAUAAUAAUAAUAAUAAUGAAAUUUCAAGUCCAAGUAGUUUAGAUAGUUUAGAUAGUAAUAACACAGAUUCAUCAACACCAUAUAAAGAAAAAGUAAUCAAUAGAAUAUUUAAUAUACACAAUAAUAACGAUAGUAAUAAUAAUAAUAAUAAUAAUAAUAAUAAUAAUAAUAAUAAUAAUAAUAAUAAUAAUAAUAAUAAUAAUAAUACUGAAUAUGAUAUCGAAAGUGAUAAUUCUCCCGAUUUUAAUAAAGAUAUUAUAUAAAUUUUUUAAUAAAU